AUGGAUGGAGGCCGUGGCUUACACUCUGUGAGCUGGGAAGUGGUUUAUCGACCCAAGGAGUGUGGUGGUUGGGGUGUUCAAUCUGUGGUGGAUAGAAUGGGACCGCUUCGAGCCAAAUUCGCUUGGAAUUCAAUUGAGAAUCCUAAUUCUCUGUUUAACAGGAACUUUAUAGCAAAAUAUGGUAAAAGCUGGUGGAAGAGGGAGGGAACUAGAAGUGGUUCUAAUUCUUGGAAGAUCAUGAUGAGUGGAUGGAAAGUUCUUAAAAGUUUCCUAAGGUGGAAGGUGGUUAAUGGGGAUAACAUAGAUGUUUUAAAGGAUGCUUGGAUUAUGGAAAAAAGUUUAUUGAAAUGGCCCACGUUUGUGGGUAAUGUAGAAGAUGAAGACUUGAAGCUGAAUUUUUUCAUUGAGAAUGGUUACUGGGUUGAAGCCAAGCUCAGAACCUUCUUUGGGGAGGAUCUGGUAAGGUUGAUUGAAGAUGUACAGAUUUUUGAUUCUCUUUGUGAAGAUCAAAUGGAGCUAAGGCUGCAAUUAACGGGUAAAUCCUUAUCUGCUUUAUUAAUUGAAAGUAGAUACAAAGAUAUUGUGGCAAAUGAUGAUAUAAUCUGGAUGCAUAAAUUGAAGAUUAAUGCCAAAAUUAAACUGUUUCUUUGGCGUAUCUGUAAUGAUGCUGUUCCUAUUGAAUUUUUUUUGUUUAAAAGAAGGAUUUCGGGAUGCAUCCUCUAUCCAAUUGGGUGUGAUGAAACUAAAAAGCUGGAUCAUAUUACAACCUCUUGUGUAAUUCUGGUAAAUGUAAACAAUGUGCUUAGGAGAUGGGGGCUUAAAAUCCCUGUUUUCAGCAGCUUCACCGAAUGGAUUCAGGGUAUGUAG